UCAGGGCUGACUGCAACGUCGCUACCAGGCAACGAAAGCCUGUCCACCACGGUCUGACGGACUUCGGCAAGAUCGUCGUGAAGGAGAUGAAUCGCUUAGGAAUGAUGGUAGACCUGUCGCACGUGGCCGUGGACACUAUGCACGCGGCCCUGAACGUGUCUGAAGCACCGGUCAUCUUCAGCCACUCGUCUGCUUUCGCACUUUGUCCUCACGUCAGAAAUGUUCCGGAUGAUGUCCUUGUACGAGUGAAAGAAAACGGCGGCAUAGUUAUGGUUAACUUCUACAAUGAUUUUAUAAACUGCUCCGCUGAAAACACAUACACAGGGGAACAGGACUGGAGACCCGCUGAUAUCAACCAAGUCAUAGAUCACAUAGAGUACAUACGCAAUAUAACCGGCGUUGAUCACGUUGGACUAGGCAGCGACUUUGAUGGAAUAGACAGGUAUCCUGUUGGUCUAGAAGACGUCUCGAAAUUCCCCAACAUUCUCUACGAGUUGAUGUCACGUGGUUGGAGUGAGGAAGAGCUGGAAAAACUUGCCGGGAAAAACUUUCUUAGGGUGUUCAGAAAGGUGGAGGAGGUAAAAAUGUCCAAAGUGGAUCAACCUGCAUUUGAGACUCUCAUUGAUAUUAAUGAAAUACCAGAUCAUAGCUGCAUCAGCACAAACUGGGAAAUAUUUGGAUGA